UCACGAGUAAAAUUACCGGGAAUAACCGGGAAUAUUGCGCAAUUGCGUUGUUUUGCUAACAAAUAAUCAUUAUUGUUUCUUGUGAAAUUUGACAGCUAUUGUUCAAUAUGUAUUCCCUUACCGAAGGAGCAUUAGAUAAAAUCAUAAAUGGCGUUGAUGUUGAUAAACCAAUACUGCAAAUACUGGGUCAUAAAAAAUUGGCAAGUUCAAGCAGUGGAGAACGUUACAGGCUACUUGUGUCCGAUGGGAGAAGAGUAAAUUCGUUCACAAUGUUGGCUACUCAGUUAAACUCAAUGAUAUCAAACAACAUUUUGACUGAAUUUUCUAUUUGUCAGAUUAAUAGAUACGCAAUAAGUAUGGUGAAUAAUGCUGGAAAGCAGAAACGCGUAAUGGUGAUAUUAAAUAUUGAAGUAAAAGUUCCUGGUAAAGAGGUUGGACAUAAAAUUGGAAAUCCAACAAGUGCAGAGUCUGAAAGUGAUUCUAAACCUGUGCAAUCUGUACAGUCUAAAUUAGCUUCACAUCCUCCACAGCAAAAUGAUUCUGCAACAUCAAAGCAUAAUCCACCUCAAUCUUCUACUAAUGAUAUACAAACAACUCCCAUUAUUGCACUAAGUCCUUAUCAAAAUAGGUGGGUGGUAAGAGCAAGAGUUGUUAGUAAAUCUGGUAUAAGAACAUGGAGUAAUUCCCGUGGGGAAGGAAAAUUAUUUUCCAUGGAUCUUGUUGAUGAGAGUGGAGAAAUUAGAUGUACAGCAUUCAGAGAUCAGUGCGAUAAAUUUUAUGAGAUGCUUGAGAUUGGAAAAGUUUAUUACAUUUCUAGAGCUACUUUAAAAACAGCGAAUAAACAAUUCAAUAAUUUAAAAAAUGAUUAUGAAAUGAAUUUAACCGGUGAUUCAGAAAUCAUUCCCUGUCAUGAUAAUGAAAAAGAUAUUCCAACUCUUCAAUUUGAUUUUCAUCCGAUAGGUGACAUAGAGAAAAAGGAAAAGAAUGACAUGAUGGAUGUGCUGGGUAUCGUUAAAUCUUGCGGCGAUUUGCAAUUGUUAACAUCAAGAACUACAGGUAGAGAGAUGAGAAAGAGGGAUAUUCAUCUUGUUGAUGAUAGUAACACUAUGGUGUGUCUUACGCUGUGGGGGACAGAAGCUGAAGACUUUGAUGGUAGCAAUAAUCCAGUUGUAGCUGUCAAAGGGGCUCGUAUUGGCGAGUUUAACGGAGGAAAGAAUUUAUCUACUCUCAGUUCCACGGUUAUGCAAGUUGAUCCAGACAUUCCAGAAGCACACAGAUUACGUGGCUGGUUUAAAACAAUUGGUUGUAAUGAAGAUAUGAAAUCAGUUUCAAGAGCAUUUGGAGGUGCAAAUAAUACAAGUGGACCAUUGAUUACUUUCAAGGAAGCAGCAGACUUGGAAUUGGGUCAUAGAGGAACUGAUAUGUACGUGAUUAAAGCUACUGUUAACAUGAUUCGAAUUGAAAAUGCUCUUUAUAAAUCUUGCCCUUCCGAAGGUUGCAAGAAAAAGUUGAUUGAUCAGGCAAAUGAUAUGUAUCGGUGUGAAAAAUGCGAUAAGGAAUACCCAAAUUUUAGAUAUCGUUUACUUGCAAGUUUAAGCUUAGCAGAUUGGACAAACAAUCAAUGGGCUACAGCGUUCAAUGAAGAAGCAGAAAAAAUAUUAGGUGCUACUGCUCAAGAACUUGGAGAGUUGCAAGAAAAUGACAAUGAUGCUUAUCUUGAAAAAUUUGGUGAUGCAACGUUUAAAAGUUUCAUAUUUAAGAUCCGAAUUAAACUGGAAACAUUCAGCGAUGAGAAAAGAUUAAAGGCAACAUGUGCUGCUGUAUCUCCCAUAGAUUAUAAAACGUACAAUAAUCAUUUGAUAACCCAAAUUAAAGAAUUAGCUGAAAUUAAUAAAGUAUAAAACAGCUAUUACUUUUUUUAUGGUAAGUUUGUGUGUAUUACGAUUUUUUGAAUUCUACUAUUAGAAAUGUAAGCAAAGUAUUUUCAUACAGUUCAGUUAUUACAAAUUUAAUAAAACAGCAAAUAUAUAUUA